AUGGUCCUCCACCAGUGCACGUCCGCAGCGCGGGCCCGGCCCUGGCGGACUUCCGAGCGCCUGCGGGGGUGCGGGGGGGACGGCGUAGAGACGACGCUCGACGAGCGGCGGGCGGGACAGCCAGACACGGGGCCACAGACCCCGAGGGGAGGCAGACCGCGGCAACACGGGAAAGGCGAAGCGAGAGACGAGGGCAGCGGGGGAAAGCGCCUCGAUUCCCCGGACGGCGCCCGCGGCCGAAGGAGGGCGUGUGAGGAGACGGGAGUCACCGCGCCCCUCUCCCAGGCCCCGCCGGUCGGUCCGCGGCCUCCCCGGCUCCCGGCGGCCCUGACCCCCGCUACCAAGACGCCGCGUGCUGAGAAUCCCCGGCCCCCGUCGCCACACCCUACUGAGUCUGCGCGGCGAGCCUCCACACAUCCAUCCGGGUCGCGGGGGGGACUUCCUCCCGCGGCCCGGAAGCCGGCAGGGCUCUUCCGCCGGAAGGAGGAAGGGGUCGCGACCAGGCCGGCGGCGCGGGGCUGCCUUCACUUGUGGCGUGGGAGGCGGGCACCGGGCCCUGGCGGGUGGGUGAUGGCGGCGUCCUGUGCCGUCUGGCUGCCGUGUCGGGCUCCGAGGGUGCGGCGGGGGCCGGCGGAGAGGGGAGGGCCCGCCGUCCUGACGCGCCGUGCUCAGCUUUCUCGACCUCGCGGGGCUGUGGCGGGGCCAGAUGUGGAGGGAGACGUGCCCACCCGGGAUCGUGUGAGCUGCGAGCUGCGGGCUGCACGUCCUCCGGAGACUAAGAAAACAGGGUCCUUGAAGUCAAGCUGACUCUGCUUUUAGCCUCCUAAAUGAAAAGAUUUGAUUUAUCAGCAGGCAGCAGGUGAACAUGGCCUCAAGGUAAAUCCUGCACCUUUUUAAAAUUUAGUUUUAGCAGAUGGUAUUUUAAGAAUUGGGAAAUUUUACAAAAAAACACAAGUUUUGUAUGAUUCUGUUCUAGACUUAUUUUUGUUUCUGUAGAAGAUUAGGACAUGUUUAAGCCAAAGCUCUCAUGUUGAAUAAUUGUGAUGCUUAAAGUUGGUCAUCUGCCUUAUUUAAAUUCAGUGGAUUUUAACUGUUAAAGCCAAUUCUAGAUGGCUUUUUCUUGGUCAAGUAAAGUUUUAUUAAAACCUU